UAUGCUUAAAUUUAAGAGGGUAUACCACUUCUCCAAAUGGCCUAUUGUCGAUCUUCUAGACUACAAUCACUAGAUAAAUUUGCUAAAAUCCCAAACUCCUAAACCUGAUAUAAAAUAGCUUCUAGGCCCUAAUUAUGAGAAGUACUAGCACUCAUCAAUUUAAUUGGACUAUAUUUCACAUCAUUAAGAGCCAUCUGAGAUUUAAGUUCUCUCAUCUGAUCAUCCUGAGUUUAAAUAAACUGAUAGGAUAUUUUCAACUUUCGAUUAACUCAAAUAUAUAAGAGAAACAGAAUCAUUGAAACAUUAAAAAUUUGCUUUAAAAGAAGUCGAAGAAGAUGAUAUCUUUACUGUUGAUGCCAUGUAAUCAUACAAACCUAAACUCACAUGCGACAAUCUAACAGAAAAUUAAUUAUUGUUGAUCAAUCUUCCUAUUAAUGUUACCAUCUAAGAAAUACAAGACUUUGUUUUAUCAUAAACUAAUUAAUAAGUUUAAGUUGAACUUCACACAUGUUCCCUUAAUAUUAAUGCUUAUGCUACUCUCACUUUUUAAAAUUAAGCUGAAUAAUACAAAUCUUAACUACAUCUUACAAAGUUCAAUGGAGUUUUAUAAGAGUGCAAAUCCCUUGAAAAUACAGCAGAAGAAUCACCAUUCAAUAGAACACUUGUAAUUACAAAUAUUAAUAAAACUCUCUCUCUUUAAGAAGUCUUACAUAAUAUUGGUUAAUAUGGAAGAGUCUUAAAUGCUGUCAUUCCUUUGGAAAUUCAAAAUGUUGAUCUUCCUCUUUAUGAGGACAUCAUUCAUACCUUAGUUGAUCCUUGUAAAUUAGAAAUCCUAAAUGUAUAAACAGGAUAAACAGAAAUUGAAUUCUAUCCUAAUUUAGAAUAAUUUGAAUAACUUUACAAAAAUUGUAAUUAUUAUUCAUUAAAUUUAUAGUCCCUGAAUAUUAUGAUCCAAAUCUUGAAUUGACCUUAUUUGAAUAUCAACAAUAAAAAGAUGAAAAAUAAGAUUAAUUCAGACUUUUCAGAUUGUUAAAUUAAAAAACUGUUAAAUGUCUUAAAGUACCAAGUAAUCUUAAAGAAAAAUAUAAUAAAUUAUGGAUCCCUUAAAUCAAUGUGGAAACUCCAAAAGAUAAUCUUCAAUCCUAAUUAAAUGCUAAAACUUAUAAAAAUAGAGGUUAUUGUGUAUGUACAUUUUCAAGUAAAGCUAUGGCUCAAAGAGCUUUAUUUGCUAUUAAUGCUGAAGGUACUCAUGAUUUAGCUGUAUUGCCAUUACCUUUAUUGAAUACACCUAAUUUCUAUCCUGAAAAUACAACUCAUAGCAAUUAAGAAAAAUAUGGUGGUAAAUUUAGAAUAGAGAAUUUGGCAUAUCCAAAAUUAAGAGCAAUGAAAUCAUGGGAAGAUUUAGAAUUAUAUCAAAUUGAUUUAAUAUACAAUCUCAAACAACUAGAAAGAAUUAGAAAAUAAAUUUCUUAAGUGAGAGAUUAAACAAUAGAAGCUAUUUAAACAAAUGAAGAUACUUAUGAAAAGGAUCUUGAAGAGAAAAAAGAAAAAGUAAAGUAAAGAGCUUAUUCUGAAUUAAAUAAAAGUGAAGAAUAUAAAAAUUUUGUUGAGAAGAAUAGUUUUGCUGAAUCCUUAGAUUCUUUUGAAGAUAGUGUAUCAAUUGUAAAAGAUGCAUAACCUGGAAGAAAAUUUGAUUUUGGUAUUCAUAAUGAAUAAUAUAAAAAUUAUGUUGAAGCAAUCAAAAAUAGAGCAAAAGAUAUUUAAUUAAAAGAAACAGAAUAUGCAGAUAAAUUAGUAAAGAAAUAUUAAACAUUAUUUUUAUCUGAUGCUAUAUAAAGAAAAUUAGAAUAAAAUGUUGAAAAAUCAGAUGAUACACUUUUAUCUUUACUUUAAGCAAGAGUAUUAAGUGAUUAUUCACAAAAAGAGAAAAAAAUGAAAAAGAAAUUAACUAAAUAUUCUAGAUUUAUGAGUUCAGGUGCUAUGUAUGCAGCAGAUGUAGAUUUACAAGUUAAAAGAAUAGGAGAAAUAUUUUCAGAAGUUAAAAAAAAAGGAAAGUAUAUUUAAAGUGAAGCAAAUAGAGAUUCAAAAGAGGCUUAGGAAAAAAUAGCAUUGAAAAAAGAAAGAAUAUUCAAACGUCGAUUUAGUAGUACUAUAUUGAAUCCAAUUUAUUUAAAGAAAUUAGCUAUUUAAAAACAUUAAGAAUUUUUGGAAUAUAUUAAAUAAAUGUUAUUGGGAAAUGAAUCAUAAAAUGAAAGUUUAAUUGCUAUUCAUCCAUUAAAUCAUAAGGAUUAAUUGAAAGUUAGUUUGGCUCUUGGAAAAGAUGAUUAAGGAAAUGAAUUCUUGAAUGACAAAAUUAUUAAUUAUGUAAGAUAAUUUGAUAUUACUGAUGAUACACGUGAUUUGAUUAGAUAAUAAGAAGCUAAUAGAAAACAUUUAAUGAGUCAAAUUACUAAAGAUUAGAUUGCAAGAAUUAAAGAAUUUUCUAAAUAAUCAUAUACAUAAAAAUUAAUAUCAUUAGACAAAAAUGGUAUUACUACAGAAACUUUUGAAGUUACAGAUAAUAAUGUUGAUAUUAAUUAAAUGGUUAAUGAUUUGAAUAAUUUUGUGGCUGUAGGAUCUGAAAAAUAUGAUUAUGUUAUUGAUAAUUUAACUAAAAAAAGAUAUAUUGUUAAAAGUGAAAAACCAUUUGUUAAAUAUGAUUUAGAUGCAUUUUCAAUUAAAGAUUUAGGAUUUCAUAAUUUAGAAAAAGAAGUAUAUAUCAAAUAUUAAUUUUUAUAGUUUGUAGAUCUUUUGUAGAAAAAUGGAAUUUCAAAUGAUAAAGCCAUUGAAAUGCUUAAAGCUUUAGAAAAUGAUGGAUAAAUUUCAGAAGAAAUUUUGGAUUUAAUUGAUAAAUUGCCUGAAAAUACAGAAACAGAUUAUGAGAAAAUAUAUAAAGAUUAAGGAUUAACUAGAAAAUGUAAUAUAAAAUAAAUAUCUUUUAGAAUAUGAAUUAGCAAAAUCCUUGGAUUUUAGAAAUAAUCUAGACGAAAUUUAAAAGGAUAUUAAUUAAUAAGCAUAUUUAAAGGAUAUUUCAAAGAAAUAUUCCCCAUUGACAAAUGAUUCAUUUAUUAGGGAUAAAGAGCAAGGAAAAUUAAAAAUUAAAAAUAAGAAAGGUAAAUUUUUAGUCCCAAAGUAGAAAAAAUAUUGAA